AUGAUCGCAGAAAUUAUUUCAAAUAAUCCCGUGGUCAGCAAACCUCAACACGACGCGGUAAUUUGCCCCGACUCACCGGUCUCACCAGAACACGGACAGCUGUUUAUUAGAGGCAGCGCGUCCAGGAGGGGCACACAAACAUCCACUGGCAGUGCCAACCCGGAGGAGAGCAGCACCCAGCCCCUGGUCUCUUCAGCUGCCGCCGUCUCGGCUGACACCAUGACAUCGGGCGAAUUCAUGCAAACCACCCCUCUGCUCAUCCAGAGAUCCAAGAAAAACCUAUUUUAUAAAAUUCUCUGUUUUCUCGUGCUGAUUUUCCAGGGCGGUGUCUUAGAUUUCUACCUCAUCAUAUUCACUGAUCUGUACUGGUGCUCGUGGAUAGCUACUGACCUGGUGGUUGUGUCGGGCUGGGCUAUUUUUUACAUGAAAAACGCCAGGAGCAAGCGUGAGCGAGCCUGUGGGUUUCACCAAAAGAGCUCCAUAUUCGGCUGCAAUCUUGGGGAGUUCACCUUUGCCUACUUGGCAUGGCUUAUUUACGUGAUUGCGUGCACUCCAAAAGUGGUGCUCAUUUUGGAGACAUCCAUUCUAGAUCUCAUUGCGCUGAAAGUACCUUUCGGGAUUACUGGCUUCAAGAUUAUAAUUUUGCUGUCAGGACCUUUGCUUUUCUGCCUCACCAAUUCCAUUAUUGAAGAUCCAAAUGGUGCAACGCGUUAUCACUCACAAAGUUGCUUUAUGAGUACGUGCGUGGAUGUGCUGGACACCUUCACUCUUGUUGAGAUGCUUCUAAAGCAUGAGAUUUCCAGCGUGUACCUGAAGUACACGGUCAUCUCUGUGUAUUUCGUCGCACUUGGCGUUCCAGUCAUAUGGCUGUAUGAGCUGACGGCUUCGCAGAUGCACUGUCGUUGGAUUUGGGCGCGGUUUUUCACUGGUGUGCUGGUCAACGCACCGUUGUUAGUGGUGAGAUGCUUCUUAGUCUAUGUUUACAAUAUGCCCAUAUCUGUCUUCAUGUUCAAAAACAUAUUUUUCUUGGUUUGUAAGUGCCUUGAGUUGGGUGAGCAGUGCUUUACCGUGAGAGGGAUUCGGAGACUGGCUCGUGGAAACAACCCAGCCCAGUUCUCUCACUGCGUCUCCGAAAACGAUAUGUGUCCUCAUGGUUAUGUAAACACACUGGCUGUCAACACUCAGUCAUAG